UUCUGUAGACAAGUACAUUGUUGAAGAAAGUGUCACAACAGAAUUAUCUUCCUUCAGGAAUGAUAAUAUUGUCAUGGCUUCUUCUGAAUAAAAUAGCCGUUGGUUCAAACCAUGCUUGCGACCUGCCAUUCAUUAAGAAUGGUCAGUGUGAGAGUGUAGGGGAUUACAUUCAUGUCAAAUGUGGUGUUGGUUACAAACUUACUGGUACCAGUCAGAUACCCUGUCAACUUCGAAAAGAUAACUAUUCCAAUCUCCCAUCCUGUGAACCUAUUCCUUGUCCACUUCCUCUCAGUGCAAAGGACAUCAUACCAGACUUUGUAGACAACAAUGUUUCUUACAUCCAGCCAAACCACAAAGUAGAACUAAACUGCAAAUCAGAUUACAUCGCUCCCACACACAAUGCAACGUGCAUAACAAACAGUACGUUCUCAGAAUGGCCUUUACCUGUUUGUCAGACAAGAAGCUGUGUUCAUAAUGCCAUCAAAAAUGGCCAGAUAACCUCCCAGCAUCUUGCCCCAAACACUAAAGUUCUCAUUGAAUGUGACGAAGGGUUCAAAAGAGAUGAAAGACUCAGCGAUAUAAUCUGUAUCUCCCACACAUUGUUUUCAGAAGACUUGAACGCGGUAUGUCAAGCAGUGCCUUGUGCUGCACUUGAAGUUCCCAAUGGGUACAGUCUCAGUAAUAUUACCCAGCCUGGGAAAGAGUUGAGGUACAGAUGUGACUCAAAUUAUGAUAAAGACUUGCAACCUGUUUAUUGUAAGUCUGGUCACAAAUUUUUUGGUGAUACUGCGCCGAAGUGUGAGCCCAAGAACUGUUCAGCAAGGAAUAUUGAGAAUGGUGAACUAAUGCUGGCCAAGCCGAGGGAAACAGUGAACAUACUCUGCAAUGACGGUUAUGAGAUGGAACAGGAUAUUCAACUGACCUGUAUUUCUAACAACGUUUUCUAUCCUGAAGAAUUGCCCCGCUGUAGAGAAAAGAGCUGCAUACCUCCAAACAUUGCAAACGGAGAGAAGAUCGACUUUGAUAAUAGUGAAUCCAUACGACAUGGCUCGUCCAUUACAAUCAAGUGUGGGACCAACUACAGACAGAGCGGCGCUAGUACCAUCUUCUGUAAUAAGGGGGAGUACAAGCCCUCAGCUCCUACCUGCGAUGCGAUGCCUUGUCACCUGCCUCUCUCAAAGCUGCCCCACGUCCAGUACCUGAAUGAGAUGCGGGUCUACCCAGAAAAGAAGAACUACGAGCUCAGGGCCGGUUCUGUGAUCCAGGUUAUCUGCAACGAGUCUUACUCCCUAGACAACCAAACUGUGGUCACUUGUAUCUCACAGAACAUAAUUGAUCCUCCACUACUGCCUAAAUGUAUCCCUGUUAAUUGCAACGAGAAGCCAAAUAUUGUGAACGGUAUGGUAACGUCAGAGUUUCCUUUGAGUCCGAACAGAACGUUAACGAUACAGUGCAAUGCUGGAUACAAGCUUUCUCACCAGAUCACUCCUAAGUGUUUCAGUAAAAGAACCUUCGUCCCACCCCUUCCCGAGUGUUUACCUCUACCAUGCCCGGAGUUUGAGAUACAGAAUGGGACAGUCCGGCACUCUGGAGGUACGAUACAGCCGGGUCAAAGUGUCUUGGUGUCAUGUGAUGUGAACUUUGAGUUGAUUGGUUCUGCUAGAGUCACGUGCACAGCAGGGGAAAGGACCUCGACCAAGCCCACGUGUAAACCGCGGAACUGCACAGGGUUUACAAUAACACACGGAGAGGUAGUGUCCGCUGGUCCGGAACGGAAGAUGCAGGUCCGGUGUGAUGAGGGAUACCAGCUGGUGGGCAGGUUGAUGAUCUGUUUGGCUGGCAGGGCCAGGUCCGGCGAUACUCCCACCUGUUCGCCCCAGCCAUGUGCUGGUCAGCACGUGGACCACGGAACGGUAACACCAGGAACUAGCGUGGAACCAGGAGAGAGGGUUAGGGUGUCAUGUGACCGAGACUAUUACCCCUCCCACUCUUACCACGUCACAUGUGUUACUGAGAACACGUUCUUUCAGCAACUACCGCGGUGUUUACCCAGUAACUGUGCAGUUGGGGCUGUCGAGAACUCCACAAAUCUACACAUUAGAAGUUAUAAGCCAGGUAGAUGCAGAUAUUAUCCGUCUCUUCUAUUCAGGAUAUAG